CUUUCCCCUGGCUGGCAGCGCGGAGGCCGCACGAUGCCUGGAGUUACUGUAAAAGACGUGAACCAGCAGGAGUUCGUCAGAGCUCUGGCAGCCUUCCUCAAAAAGUCCGGGAAGCUGAAAGUCCCCGAAUGGGUGGACACCGUCAAGCUAGCCAAGCACAAAGAGCUUGCUCCCUACGAUGAGAACUGGUUCUACACACGAGCUGCUUCCACAGCGCGGCACCUGUACCUCCGGGGUGGCGCUGGGGUUGGCUCCAUGACCAAGAUCUAUGGGGGACGUCAGAGAAACGGCGUCAUGCCCAGCCACUUCAGCCGAGGCUCCAAGAGUGUGGCUCGCCGGGUCCUCCAAGCCCUGGAGGGGCUGAAAAUGGUGGAAAAGGACCAAGAUGGGGGCCGCAAACUGACACCUCAGGGACAGAGAGAUCUGGACAGAAUCGCCGGACAGGUGGCAGCUGCCAACAAGAAGCAUUAGAACAAACCAUGCUGGGUUAAUAAAUUGCCUCAUUCGUAAAAAAAAAAAAAAAAAAAAAAAAAAA